AUGAAUUUGUUGUGCAUUCUGUUAACUCUCUUUGCAACAUUUAAGAGUAUAGCAUCCGUUUCAAGUUUAAGGGCGACAAGAUUACCGCGUUUGAUCGGAGGGAAUGAAUAUAUUAUAGAACUCAUGCAAAAUGCGGUGUACGAAAUGGAGGAGUAUGGAUGGUGGAAUUUUAAGUUGUUUGACGUCUCCCAGGUUCUUGACGAGCGAAUGUACAACUGGCACGUGUCCGGUACAGUCAACUACACAAACGGUUUCGUAGUGUCCAUAGAAAAGAUAGACCUCCAGAAUCUAUUCCACUCGGUAACAACAAGGACAGUCAACGACACCGUAGAGUGGAGCGCCAUGGUUCGAAGUAACCUGAACCUGAGGGACGUUAGAGUAGGCUUUGACGUCACCGUCAACCUGGACGGGAAGCCCGAACAGAAGUACACCGGCGUCUUCACACAUUCGUUGAUAACAAUCCAAUGUUUAGUCUUCAAGAAUUUGAACUCCAACCAAUAUGAGGUCUCCAGUCAAGUCCUUAGUUUGUCUGCGGGAUCUGGGGUUAGGAUGAUCUAUCUGCCAGAAAACCACGUCACGCAGGUUGUUUCUAGACGGUAUGUUCCAAGCAAUAACUGGAACAGCAUAAGGAAUUGGUGCAACGAAAUAAUAUCACCAAUUCUUUUGAAAUCUGCAGAGAAGAUUGACUUUCCGAGAGUGUGCUUUGGAUGC